UUGGCACCGUUGAGACUGAUGCAUUUGGAACUUGCCAAGCUUCCUUACGAGAAGAAGCUGGCUGGUCUGGAUCUGGCUCCCGGCAUGAAACGACGUACACAGCAACGUUUGCAAGGACAAGAAGAAUCCGAUUUGCGGAUUGGAGAUGUUACCAAAGGACCACUCCCCUGGAACAAGGAAAGCUUUGACUAUGUCCUUAGCACAUUUGUGUUCAGUGCCAUUUCCAAUGACAAAGCUGCCAUUGACGAAAUGGUCAAAGUGUUGAAACCAGGCGGGAAACUCAUUAUUGUAGACGCAGGAGUGGCACAAAAUCGCAAUGUCAUGUCAAGGUUCUUGGCUUGGUUGUGGGAGGUCAUGGGUGACUAUAUGCGAGAUGAAACGCAGUUGUUGUCCUUGCGAGAUGACAUUGAGUCUGUCACGCGAGAGGACUACGGACCUUGGGGUUGUGUGCAUGUGACUGUGGGAGAAAAGAAGAAGUAGUAGCAUGAUCUUCUCGCUAGAAUGGUAGAAUUUUUAAAAGUAAGUUGCCCC